AUGCGAAGUGGGCGUACAACAGUUGACUUACUGGGGGAUACAAUUUCGGCUCAGGGAUUGAAACCUGUUCAGAGAAAAGUUGAGGCAAUCCAGAACAUGGAAAGACCUGGAAACAAAACAGACCUCCAGAGAUUCCUAGGUAUGAUUAAUAGUCUUGCUAGAUACAUACCAGAUUUAUCCACUAGAACAAUGCCAUUAAGAAAGUUGUUAGACCAGAAUGUCUUGUGGAUGUGGAACAAUAAGCAAGAGAAAGCAUGGAAAGAAUUGAAGGAACUUGUUUCAAGCGAACCUGUGUUAAAGUUCUACGAUCCAAACAAGCCCAUAAAGAUUUCAACCGAUGCAAGUAGGAGUGGCUUAGGAGCAGUACUACAGCAGCUACAUGGUGAAAAUUGGCUUCCAGUAGCAUAUGCAUCGAGGUCAGUUACAGAUUGUGAGAGCAGGUAUGCAACAAUUGAACUUGAGACACUAGGCAUGACAUUUUCUUGUGAUAGCCUGCCUCGAAUACAGCGAUUGAGAUUACGAUUACAGAAAUAUGAUUUCAAACUUUUGUACGUUCCUGGUAAGUGGAUGCAUACACCAGAUGCAUUAUCCAGAGCACCCCUGAAGCUGGCAAGUAAGUCAGACCAUCAUGUUGAAGCUCAUCAUAGCAGUGCUACAAGUCACAGAUGAGAAACUAAAAGAGAUUAAAGAGGAAACCCAAAAGGACAAAAGAAUGAUAUCACUUCAAAAUACUAUCAUGCAAGGUUGGCCCAAUGAAAGAUCCAACACUUCUAACGAACUUCAUGCUUAUUGGAACAUUUGAGAUGAAUUAUCGGUACACCAAGGGCUGAUACUAAAAGGUUCAAAGAUGAAAAAAGAAAUCAACAAAGACGAGAAAAGAAAUCCUAAUAAAAAUUCAUUCAGCUCAUCAGGGCAGAGAGAAAUGCAAGCAACGCGCCGGACAAGUAGUAUUCUGGCCUGGAUUCAACAGUGACAUUGAUAACAUAGUUGAGAGUUGCGAGACAUGCCAACAACACCAGCAUAACCACCAGAAAGAACCAUUAAAGCCAUAUCCAGUUCCAACCCGUCCCUGGCAAGUGGUCGGCACAGAUCUCUGUGAAAUCAACAAGAAAGAAUACCUUGUCAUUGUGGAUGCAUAUUCCAGCUAUCCGGAAGUGAUACCUCUAUCAAGCCAAAGCAGUAAAGCUGUGAUUAAAGGUAUGAAAGUAACUUUCGCCAGACAUGGCAUUCCUGAUAUUGUUCAUAGUGAUAAUGGACCAUGUUACAGUAGUCAAUAGUUUGCUGAUUUCAAGACCAAAUGGGGAUUUAAACAUGUUACCAGUAGUCCUCAUUUCCCAUCCUCUAAUGGGUUAGUUGAGAAGGCUGUCCAGACAGUAAAGAAUAUUAUAAACAAAUCAAUUGAAAGCGGAACAGACCCGUAUCUCGGACUGUUAGCAUAUAGAUCAACACCACUUGACAAACAUAAGUCACCAGCUGAGUUACUGAUGGGAAGAACACUUGAAACAGAUCUUCCAGUUGUAGACAACCAGCUUAAUGUUAAAGAUUCCAAAGCAGUUGUUGCAUGGAAAACGAAGAAAAAAGAAAUCCAGAAGUCUUAUCAUGACAGAGAAGCCAAACCUUUUCCACCACUGAAGCAAGGUGAGAUGGCGAGAAUCUACGACCAAAAGAAGUUGAUGUGGGGAGAAAAGGCAAUGGUGAAAGGAAAAGAUUGCACCUCGUUCGUACAUAGUGGAAACCAAGGAUAAAGUUCAAUACAGACGAAACAGGAAACAACUGAGAAAAAUUACCUCGGAAGUCGAAGACGGAAAUGAUAAAAGUGCAAGCACAACGAAACGAGCGGAGAAACAAGUCGAGACAAAGUCGUUACCCUCGAAUGAAGUAUCAAGAGACAUAUCAAGAUAUGGUAGAACAAUAAAGAAACCUCGUAGAUUUGAACAACACACUUAA